UGUGCUAAAGAAAAGAUACGAACUCCGGUUACGGAUUUAUUCAAAAUCAAACAUCCCAUUCUUCUUGCUGGAAUGAACGUUGCCGCAGGCCCUGAGCUCGCUGCUGCGGUGACCAACGCCGGUGGUCUCGGUGUCAUUGGUGGUGUCCAUUAUACUCCAGAUAUGCUCCGAGAUCAGAUUGCGGAGCUGAAGAGUCAUCUCAUCGAUAAAAACGCUCCAUUCGGAAUUGAUUUGCUGCUUCCUCAGGUCGGAGGUAGUGCUCGAAAGACAAAUUACGACUACACAAAGGGCAAGUUGACCGAGCUCAUCGAUGUUGUAAUUCAAUCCGGUGCCAAGCUGUUCGUCUCUGCCGUCGGCAUUCCUCCCAAGGCUGUUGUUGAUAGACUCCAUGCCAACGGUGUUUUGUACAUGAACAUGGUUGGCCACGUUAAGCAUAUCAAAAAGUGUCUCGAUCUUGGCGUCGAUAUUAUAUGCGCGCAGGGAGGAGAGGGAGGAGGCCAUACUGGCGAUAUUCCCACUACUGUUCUUAUUCCUGCGGCCGUCGAGGCCUGCAAAGGGCAUACAUCUCCCCUGACCGGUCUGCCGGUACAGGUUAUCGCUGCCGGCGGCAUCCACAAUGGUCAACUUCUAGCUGCCGCCUUGAUGAUGGGGGCCUCGGCAGUGUGGGUUGGCACUCGCUUUAUUCUCACCAACGAGGCAGGAGCUUCCGCGGCACAUAAGGAGGCCGUUCGAACCGCAGGCCAUGACGAUAACAUCCGCACGCUAAUAUACAGUGGAAGGCCCAUGCGCGUUCGAAGCAGUCCUUAUAUUGAAGAAUGGGAGACAAUUCGCAGAGAGGAACAGAAGAAACUAUUGGAGGAGGGGAUAAUCCCGUAUGAACAUGACCUAGAUAAAGCAAGUAACGACGACAACGACGCUGAAUUGGAAAGGCUGCAGGCAAGCAACCGAGUGUUGAUGGGGAAGUGUGCGGCUGUUGUGAACGAGCUCAAGCCAGCUAAGGAAGUUGUUGACGAGUUUGUCGACGACGCUGUGACUUGGAUGAAGAGAGGAGAAACACUGCUCUCUAGGUUGUAG